GUCUUAUCCAAUCCUCCGAAUACUACUAUUGAACGUGAACUUUAACCUUUUUCGCAAUACCAUGCUUUCUUAUCAUCAUAACAGAUAUUUAGAGUGUUCUUUCACAUUUGAAUAACAUUUAUAAAAUAUGUCGUUGUAUAGAUUUUGGUGGAGAUUUGUGUUUGUUAAUUGUUUGUGGGUGACAGUUCUAAGUGGUAGAAGAUUUAAAAGAGAAGAUAUUGUAAAUGUUGCCAUAGAAUUAUUCAACAAUUGUAAAUGUGUUUAUGAUUACCAAUGUAGCACAGUCAAUGGGGAGAAUAUGAUAGAUCAAAGAUCCGGUGGUGAACCUAAGAACUCAACCAAAAUAACGUGCAAAGGUGGACGAUUCGAUGGAGAAAUAAUCUGUUGCAAACAGACAUAUACCAACUGGACCGAAAUAACUAAUUUAGACUAUAAAAAUAAUACUAAAACAGAAAUGUUUCUUAAAUGCGGAAUACAGAGAGCUAAAAUCAACGUGCGGGUAUUAACCGAUGAAGAAGAUGGCAACGUUCCUUUUAAUGGAGAAUUUCCUUGGAUAGUAGCUAUUUACAAAAAAAAUAUAGCAGGGCGAUGGGUUUUUUAUUGCAGUGGGGCAUUGAUACAUCCUAGGGUUAUUUUAACGGCAAACCAUUACUUUCGAAGUAAAAAUGCAGCUGACUUCAAAGUAACUGCAGGUGGCUAUAUAGAAUUAAGCAGAAUUGAGGAUAAUUUAAACUCUACAAGACAAGUAGUUGAAAUUGUGAACCAUCCCAAAUUUGACAAAGAUUCUCUUUACAAUGAUGGUACUUUGUUAUUCUUAAACGAAGCUUUUGAAAUCACUAAAACUAAUUCAAUUAAUACCAUUUGCAUGCCCCCUGAUGAUCUAAAAAUCAAUAAUAGUAGAUGUCUGGUUGCUGGAUGGGGUAAAGGUUCAACUAUCGAUGGUACAAGAGUACUGAAAAAAGUGGAUUUACCUUUGGUGUCAAAUAGUAAAUGUCAAGAGCAACUACGAAGAACCAGAUUAGGUAGAAGAUUCAUUCUUCACGAUUCAUUCAUUUGUGCAGGUGGUGAGAAAGACAAAGAUGCUUGCCAAGGUGAUGGAGGAAGUCCCUUGAUGUGUUUAUUAUCUGACGAAAGAAGAUAUUUUCACAUGGGAAUAGUGUCUUGGGGAAUAGGAUGUGGUAGUGAGAAUGUACCGGGAGUAUAUGCUAGUGUUAUUAAAAUGAAAUCUUGGAUAUUAGAUGAAUUAAAUAAGAAGGAAAUCAAGUUAUAAGUUAUCUAUAAUUAUAAGAUUUGUAGAUAAAUUAAAAUUGUUAAAUUUUGUACAAAGUCGAUCAAUUAUUUUAAAUUGAACAAAUUUCGUAAUUAACUGAUCCUCAUUGAACUUUAAUUAUAAAUAAUGUUGAUUUUCCUCAACUUUUCACUUCUAAGGCUCAUUUUUAUGUUUAAUUCUAUUGAUUUUAAGUCUAUUUAUAUAUAGAAAAACUUUUGUGGGUGUUCUAGUUAUUACAGAGAAUGUAGGGUCUAAGUCCAUUGAACUAACCCUUCAGGAUUAGUAAACAAUUAGAUAAAACACAGAUUUGAUUUAUUUGUCUAUCUGUUUAUUUACCUGUCGGACCUAUUCUAAACUGUAAGUAGUUUUUCGCAUAUUUAAACAACUUUAUUAAUCAAGCCUUUUUCGUCUGUCCAGAAUAAUGCUUCUUUCAAAUGUUGACAUAGUCCAAGCUGCUGCCUUGGUCAGAGAAGGGCAAAGCUUGCGAUACGUUUGGGGUAGCGAAUUCUAGCAUUUACGAUACAAUUAGGCGUUUCUGGGAGACUGGUAGCUACGAUAGGAGGGCCGGCAGUGCACGACCAAGGGCAAUAACGGCAGUAGACGAUCGGUUUAUUACGUUGUCGGUAUUGUGA